UUGGCGCAGGCGCGGAGAGAGCCCGGGCCGAGGGAGGGAGGCGCCCGCCCGAGCGAGCUAUGGAGCUGCGGGGGGAGCUGCUGUCGCCGAAUAGAAUGAGCUGUGGGGACUCGAAUCCUGCAGCAGUGCCGCAUGCUGCUGAGGAUGCUCAGGGAGAUGACAGAUGGAUGUCACAGCACAAUAGAUUUGUUUUGGACUGCAAAGACAAGGAACCUGAUGUGCUCUUCGUGGGUGAUUCCAUGGUGCAGUUGCUACAGCAAUAUGAGAUCUGGCGAGAGCUCUUCUCACCACUUCAUGCAUUGAAUUUUGGGAUUGGUGGAGACACCACUGGACACGUUCUGUGGAGACUGAAGAAUGGUGAACUGGAGAACAUUAAACCGAAGGUCAUUGUUGUUUGGGUUGGAACAAAUAAUUACGAAAACACAGCAGAAGAAGUGGCAGGAGGGAUUGAGGCCAUCGUGCGCCUGAUAAAUACCCAGCAGCCACAGGCCAAAGUUAUUGUGCUGGGCCUGCUACCUCGUGGAGAGAAGCCAAACCCUCUGCGGCAGAAGAAUGCCAAGGUGAACCAUCUGCUAAAAGCCUCACUCCCCAAACUACCCAAUGUGCAGCUCCUGGAUGUAGAUGCUGGCUUCGUGCACUCGGAUGGCACCAUCUCGUACCACGAUAUGUUUGAUUUCCUGCACCUGACAGGAGGGGCCUAUGCAAAGAUCUGCAAACCCCUCCACGAACUGAUCAUGCAGCUACUGGAGGAGACCCCUGAGGAGAAGCGAGCUGCCCUGGCCUGAUUAGCUGAUGUCAGUGUUAACGUCACCCAGCCCAUCAGAUCAGUUCUGUCACUGGCACUACAGAAUCCUUCUUUCUUAAAGCACUUUCCAUUGUAGAAUGUUACAGAUGUUCAUAUCUCGUGUUUUGAGGGGGAAGGCUGAUGUUUAACUGGUCUUGUACAGAUGAGGGCCAGCUUGUUUGGUUUUAUGCAGGAGGAAAUUAGCUGAAGAGGAGUUUUACUUUUAAACCAUUCCUCAUUUAAAAUGAGCACAGGACUGUCACUCUGUGCCCCUCUCACGUGUUGUUGCUCUGUGGUUGUCCUAGAACCUUUUUAGCCUGUCUCUGACAGCCCAUACGCAGCUCCUGGCCGCCCUUCCUGGCUAUAGGAGUUGUGCUCUGUGUAUUAGCCUGUGAACAAGAAUUACCUUUCACUUGCUAAUAACAGAACAGAUGCAUUUUUCCAAGCUCAGUCCCACCUUUUAAAGGUUUCUGGUUGUUUUUUUUGGUUGUUUUUUUUCUCCUUUUUCUGGGGUAUUCUAAGUGACACGUGUUGUUUCUCACUCCUUAUUUCUGAAGCAGCAUGAAACUGGAAUUCAGAAACCUAAGGGAACAAACUGUUAACUUCUCUAAAGCUCCCAGGUGCUUGUCCUUGUGCUCAUUUCACCACACCUGGUAGCCUGGGCACUCUUCAUUCCAUGUAGUUUCCCUGUGGGCAGUGUCAUUCAGGUGCCCCUGAUGGCAGCCCUGUCUGUGUAUGGCAUUGCUGGCUUUUGAAGUCAUUCAGUGUAGCAUUUUAAUUAUCCAGUUGGUAUCACACAAGGCAGUCACUUCCUCGCUACUAUGGAACUGACAUUUCAUUCCUUUGGGAUGCCUGUGCUCCAGGGCUCUUUGCAGUACUGUUCAUUGUUCUUUUUUGCUUUGUUUUUGUAAGUAUGACUGUUACACCCUUUUUUUUUUUCCUAAGGAGAACCCACAUGAACAGCCCCUUUUUUUCGAGGCAUAAAACAGUCUGAAGCUUUACAGAUUCAAAGGUGUAUAUUUCUUUAUUGCUUCUGUUUUACUUGUAUGAACAUUUUAUUCAAGCAACUGCAGCAUGAAGUCAAGGUGUGGCCUUUUGCUGCCCUGGGCACUGCUCCCCUCUAGCCAAGGAAGCCAUUGCAGCAGUGCUCUCUUACAGGGGCUGCAGGUAGGUGGGAUUUUUGUUUUGUUUUUUUUUUUAUGAGCUGGUUAUAGCCUACUAAUGGGAAAAUAGCCUUUCAUCUCCAAUGAAAGCUUCUCUUUAUUCAGAAAGAAACCGUUUUGGACCCUAAACGCAGAGACCUAGGGGAACAGAUAAACAUACUUGCAAAUAAAACAAUUUUAAAUGAA